AUGUUGCUGAUGCCAUCACCUAGUACCGAAAUUGCCUGGGGCCUCCAGGCGGCGGAGGGGCAGCGGAACAAGGAACACCAGCAGUACGAGGAGGAACACCAAGAAGACGAAGAGGUGGUGGCUUCGAUUGCUCAAGCUUCUCAAGCCUUGAAGGGAGGCGGCUCCGCCUUGCUGCAAGCGGACAAGAGCAGGAUGCUCCGCGCAGCCACACGCAGCAACCGACUGGAUGGUGCCCAGAAGCAGCAAAUCCUGUCGCUGCUCUCUGGAGAGACUGCCAAGACGGAUCCCGACUACGUCAUGGGCAUCCUGAACGCCAUGAAAGACGACACCACAGAGAAGAUCACCAGUGACUCCAAGACCGAAGAAAACGCUGUGGAGAACUUCGGGGACUUGGAGGCGUCCAAGAAGACAGAGAUUUCCACUCUUCUGGAGCAACUGGAGAGGAAAAUGAAGCGCAUGGGCGAGUUGAAGGUGGAGAUCAUGGACAUGGAGCGCUCCUUGGCUGGUCAGGAUCAAUCCUUGGUCGAGGACCGUGCCAUGCUGGCGGAGCUGAAGAGCAGCUGGGACGCCAAGAGCGGCCUGCACGCGCAGCGCACGGAGCAGCGCCGGAAGGAGCUGCUAGCGCUGCAGGAUGCCAUCAACCUCCUGGAUUCCGACAAGUCUCUGGAGCUUUUUCGUGGCCGUGCUUCGUCGACUUCGUCCUUGUUGCAAACCUCGAAGGAUCGCACGGACGAGGUGAAGAAACUCCUCUCCAAGGUGAAGAAACUCGUGGCGUCCGGAAAGGGUGCCUUCAAAAUGUGA